UCCCCCUCCUUCCCCCAUCCAACUAUCUCUCCCCUCCCCUCCCCCUCCUUCCCUCAUCCAACCACCAGGCAUCACUUCCCAUUUCUAUUUCUGGGCCAGGGCUGCUGUCAGGGGGAGGCUCUAACCCAGCAGGCUGCUGAAAGGACCCACUGGCCAGUGAUCAGGGGCCCGGCUCAGCGCGAAGGCAGGACAAUGGCGGAUGAGGAUAUCUAUGAGAACAUGCCGAUGACGGAAGCUGCUCCCCAGCCCAAAGGAAACCCUCCUGAGACAUCGGUCCCUUGGCGGCACAGGGAGCGGGGCAUCGUCGUCACUCCUGUCCUUCUCCUCCUGAGUCUGGCCCUGGCCACGUCCCUCCUUGCUGUGACGCUUCUAUAUCUCCGGGCACAGAGCAAGCUGGAAGCGGUUGAAGAAGCGGUGCAGAAGCUCCAAGUCUCUCUGCAGCCUGACGACGCCUCGGACGCGUCAGCAAAGGGGUCGGACAAUAAGUCGCAGGACGAGGGUCUGAGGCAUCAGGCUCUGCAGCUAUUGGAUGAAGCGCAGGCAGGAGUCCGGAAGCUGAAAGCCCAGCUGGGUAACCUCAGUGCAGCGUAUGGAGAAAUCCAGAUCCGGCUGGACAACGUCAGUGCAGCAUAUGGAGAAAUCCAGAUCCGGCUGGACAACGUCAGUGCAGCGCGAGCAGCAGUGCAAGGUCGCUACAGUUACCUACUGACAAAGGUCUCCAGGGGCUGGACGUUUUUCAAUGGGAACUUCUAUUACUUUUCACAUGAAAAAAAGCCGUGGGACGAGGCCGAGCAGUUCUGUGUGUCUCAGGACUCGUACCUGACCUCUGUCUCCUCCCAUGCAGAACAGGAGUUUCUCUCCAGCAAGACCCAUGGAGAAGCUCACUGGAUUGGACUCACUGACCAGGAGACAGAAGACAGCUGGCGCUGGGCGGAUGGCACAGAAUACAGAGCAGACGCAAGCAGGGGGUUCUGGGCGGAGAAUCAGCCAGACAAUUACGAUCCGAAGAAAGAUGGUGGAGAAGACUGUGUUCACACCGAGCCAAGAAAACGGAAUUUGUGGAAUGAUGUCAAGUGCACUCAGCCUUUCAGGUGGAUUUGUAAGCAGGCCCAUGGACAAGCUGGGUUGUGACAUGCAGGUCCCAUCAUCUUGGAAAGCACCUUAAUUUCCAAGCUAUGGAGCAUAUUUUCCAGCCACCUGCAGAUGAGGAGCCCUGUGCACAGGGGGGGGCUGCAUAGGAUGUGCAUUGCAGGGAUGCUUUGUCUUGGUGUGAUAUUUCUGGCUGUGGGAGCAACAGCUGUCCUUAUGCCACUCAGUGUGGCUGGCUCUGUAAUUUGUAUGUUUCCAGGUCUGUCACUGAAUAAUUCCUUGGAUCAUGGAGUUAUUGUUUCACAAUCACCCAGUAAAUAAUGAUUUGC